AUGCUCUGUGGGUCUCAGUUCCAAGCCCCAGAGAAUUAUCGCAAAGCCGAAGCCAAUAGUGUGUCAAAUGCCGCAAUACAUGCCGUUCUGGACGCCCCUCAGGCUCUUGAGAAUGAAGGCAGGAGCGUUGAACUUGCCGGCCAGCUGGCACCGACAACUUUAUCAGACAAUCCGCCACCUUUUGCGCUUCCUGCGGGCCCGCCUGAACAGACGUUGUUGGUCAAUACUCAGGCUCAAACAACCGAAUCGGUCCUGACCAUCAUCCUCGCUGGGUUCGAUCAAAGUGUCCUUGAUAAUCCGACUAGUUACCUGGAGAUUAUCCCGGUUGGGCUCCCUUUCACGUGCGAGCACUUGGUUUCUGGCCUCAUCAAUGCUCAAUGCCGUCCUGGGCGGAUUUUACAACAUCUGAUUGCCCAGGGGCGCGCCUCGACCAUUCGUUUUGGCGCCUCUCGUCAUGCCCUCGAUGUCGCGGAACACUCACCGGACGAGUACUUCAGUUACCAGCGGGGCUUUCGCGAGCACGGAGACCUCGCAGCCAUUCUGAACACCACAUCUGGACACACUGGGAUCGAGCCCUGUGGAACAGGCCUCAACUUUCCCAGUUGUGUCGAAGUGUAUGACCAUGCUCGGAACAUGGAUUCCACUCUACCCGACGACGUUCCUUUGUAUUCUGUUUACUUCUAUAUUGAUCAGAUGGUGAAUCCAUUGCUGUCAUCAUCUGCACGGGCAAUACCAGUCCCGGUCCCAGUCCCCGCCCCUAGCAUGAAUCCGCUCAGCAACAGCAAUGUGGAUUUGACAAGCACGCAUCAUUCUCAGGCAACCAUCCAGUCUCUACACCCAUCUCAGUCUCUGGAGAAUGGGUCAACCAGCCACUCUCAUGGGCUCUUGGUAACAUCUUCCGACGCUCGGCUCCUACAGCAGUAUCUAGACCAGCACUUCCCUGACGAAACCGACAUCAUCACUGCGAUUCAGAGUCGCCAGGAACAACUCCAGAGCAGCGCUAGCACCAGCCGUUCGCGCAGUACCCGGAACCGCCCCCUACCGCUGAACCUUUGGUUGUUCCGAUUCCGACAGCUCAAGAACAUCCUCUCGCAUUUUGGCAUCCCGGUCAACAGUCCCGUGGGCACCUUGGAGUUGCGUGUACAAGGGCAUUUGCCUCAGUCGGUGGGAUCUAGAGUUCAAGGACGGUCAGCCCGUGUGAAGUAUGAAGACAUAUAUGAAUGGGCGGGAGUGGAGAGAAGCACCGCAGCGAACAUUCGCCCUAUCUACCUGCAGCUUGAAGCCGCAUAUCGUGCAAACCAUCCUGUCAACCGCGCCCACAUCUUCGUCUCCUUACCUGAAGCCCAGCAGCACCUGAUCAAGCUUGCUGGCUCUAUCAUUGAAGGAAAAUUCUUCGUUGGGAUCGAAGACGAACUGGAUGCGGAUGAGCAGCUUCCUUGGGUAACGAUGAAACGGGAGACCUGUGUAGAGGAAUUACGUGUCUUUCACAAGACCUCAGGACAAUUUCUAAGUGAUGCUGUGAGCGGAUCUUAA